CUUUUCUAACACGUAAUGAACUUAUCAUUGGUCUAUUUUACAUCGGGCGAGACUGUAUCUACUUGUUUGCAUUUCCCAACGAUGCUGCGGAAGCAUAAAUAUUAUUAUUCUCUUUUAAUAACUUAAAUAAAUCAUUUAUUACUUUUUUUCAAUUUUAAAUCCAACGCACAAUGUAGGUACUUAACACUAAAUAGAAAAGAAUUUCUUUGAACAUAAUAAAAUGGUUUUAACGCAAAUCACAUUGACUAUAAUGUCAUAGAAUCUAUGACAUAAAUAAUUCUGCAGUCAUAGCAGUAAAAUAGUUAUGCUUCGACCGUGAAUUAAAAAAAAAAUGAGUGAAAUGGCUCGGAAACCUAAAAUAAUAGUUUUUGAUUUAGAUUAUACUUUAUGGCCGUUUUGGGUUGAUACUCAUGUUACUCCUCCUUUUAAGAAGAAAGGAAACGAUGUAGUAGAUGCUCAUGGUCAAAUAAUACGCUAUUAUAAAGAGGUGCCUGAAGUUUUAAAAAGGUUAUCAGAUGAAGGAUAUGAACUUGGUGUUGCAUCUCGCACUUCAGAAAUUUCGGGUGCCAAACAAUUGUUAAAUUUAUUUAAUUGGGAAAAAUACUUUAAGUAUAAAGAAAUAUAUCCUGGAUGUAAAGUAGCCCAUUUUUCUAAAAUUCAAAAGGCAUCAGGCACAGAUUAUAAAGAUAUGAUAUUCUUUGAUGAUGAACAUAGAAAUAUUGUUGAUGUAGGCAAACUUGGUGUUACCUGUAUAUUUGUUAAAAAUGGCGUGAAUUGCUCACUCGUAGAGAACACUUUGAAAAAUUUUUAAUACUUUUUAUUUUUAAAACAUUUAUUUAGAAAAUGAAAUUUUAUCGUCCGUUACCUACUUUUUUCAUAUGUAAUGUACAUAUGUACACUAUGCUACAGCAUGUGUUAAUAAUAAUUAACAAUGCAGAGUAUAUAAUUUAUUAAAAAUAUUUUUGUAAUAAUAUUUUUAUUUUCAAAUAAAGUGAAUUACAUUAAAUUAUUUACAUAUUCAAA